CCUGCAGGUUGAUCUUAAUCGGGAUGGUGAAUGACCUCCGGGGAGAAGCUGUGUUCAAGAACAUGCCCACUCCUAUCUCUGUCCCAGCCACCUCCCAGCUCCAAGCUCCAAUGAUGCGCGCUGACUGACUGAGUGGACCAGAUUGCAGUUUAUUCACCAGGGGACUUCCUGUUGUUUACCAAAGCUCAAAGGUCUCACCCCUGCUGAGCCUCUUUUAUGGGAGAAGCCCCGUAUGAUCUCAGUUUUCUAUCUUUAAGAAGCUCUAAAAUGAACUUGCACAUUGGUGCGACAAAUUCUUCGGAGCAAUUGUAAUUGGACGCACAGUGUUUCCUGUUAUCUGAAGCCACUGAACAACAUUUUUGAACAACGUGUGCACUCAGAGGUCGGCUUGUAAAAGGCAGCAAGUCACUGAGCAAAUGGAUAAUCACCAAAAGAGGAAUCUAACUUUUUACACCAUUGGACUGAUAUUUAUGCUGAGCGGCAUUGAGUAUGCCGUCAUUUUGCCCACAAUAUGGAGGUAUCUACAGAUUUUGGAGGCCCCCCCUUACUUCCUGGGUCUGGGUCUGUCUGCCUUCAGUCUGAGCGGACUGCUCACAGGCCCUCUUUUUGGGCUCUGGUCAGACCGGAGCAAAACUACAAAGUCCAUCAUCCUUUUCUCCAAUCUUUUUGAGAUCGCUGGUAACUUCAUGUAUUUUAUUGGAUAUUCCAAGUGGCUGCUGUUAUGCAGUCGGCUUGUAGCAGGUGUCGGUGCGGGAGCGGGCUCCUCCAUCUUUGGUUUCCUGACUCACAGCACUCGGCCAGAGGAGCGCGCUGGCGUCUUUGCAGCCAUCAUGGCCUGUCGACAAGCUGGUCUCCUUGUGGGGCCGGCGUUCAACCUGUUCCUGCGGCUGUGUGAUUUCAAACUGGGGCCCUUUAUUGUGAACAAAUAUACGUCUCCUGGGAUUUUCAUGUGCUUGUUGUGGGUGCUGCUCCAGUUUGUGGUCCUGGCUCUGUACUGGGAUGUACCACCCAUCAGCUCAGAGGGGGGCGUAGUGAUGGUGGAGAUGAAACAAGCGCAGGAUGAUGAGGAGGAGGUGCUGCUGAUGGGGUCUGACAAGGAGUCCGUGCACACCUACAGAGCUGUCAACUCUGACCAAUUGGAGACCUCCGCAUCAUCUGAGCUGCAGCUUGUCCAUGGCGCCUCGUCAGUCUCAGAUCCCUACAAAACCUUCAGUGCCAGCAGAGAGUUACUGAGAGAAGAGGUGGUUGUUCUCCUCACGGCACAGUUCAUCACUCUCUUCAAUCAGACAGCGCUGGAGACCAUGGUGACUCCUCUGACGCAGCGCCACUUCAGCUUUGGCGAGCUGGGCAACAGCCUGAUGUACAGCGUGUGCGGGGUGGAGGUCAUCCUGGGCUUCUUCUUUGUGCGCUGGCUGAGCAGGAAGGUGGCGGACCGCGCCGUGCUGGCUGUGGGCCUGGUCAUCUGCUGCACCGCUUGUAUCUGGUGCCUCAUCUUCCUCUGCAACCCCCGAGGUGGAUAUGGAUGGGAGCUGUCGGCCUUCAUCAUCGGAGUCUUUCUGCAGCUGCUGGGGCUUCCCUUUGUGGCUGUGUCUCAGGUGUCUCUCUUCUCCAAAAUUACUGCAGAGAAAACACAAGGAUUCAGCCAAGGUAUCAGACGCUCAGUUGGGGGCCUGGCCACCAUCUUGGGUCCUUUAUGGGCGGGAGGACUGACUGAAAACUUGUACGUAAUGCUGGGCAUGAUGUUAGCCCUCCUCAUAAUGAUCACUAUUAUGACAGUGUUGUCCUACGACCGGCUGACUGAGCCCAGGGCAGUGCAGUGCGCCCAGAGCUCUGACAGCGGAGGCUAGCGCCGCAGUCUGUCUGAAGAGCCCGAGAGGUUGAAGACGGACAGAGGGAGUGCCCUUCACUUCUGAGAGAAUCAAUAAAAGUUUACUGCAGAGGAAACUGUAUGACCGUGGAAUAAAAAUGUUCAAACACA